UGGAAGUCAAUAUGGACAAGAUCCUGGAAGCCAUCUUGAAUUCUUCGUACCCUGACCACAUGAAGCAAGGGUUGGUGCGGCGGGUCAUCGAGGCAUCGAAGCAGCCCAUGGACAGCGAGCAGUGUUGGUCGAUGCUCGAACUGUCCACCAAGCUCUUCCUCGUGGGGGACACCAAGUUCAAGCGGUCGGUCGGCAAAGAGCUCCUGGAAGUUUGUGGCUACUACCACCAAGAGGCGUUUGAGGAGUUCUUCAACGUCCAUUUCCUCUUAAGCCUCCUCCAGGAGGGCUACGGGUCCUUGGGGAAAAGGAGCCUGUACGUGCUGGACUACAUCCAGCUCGGCUUGCCAUUUGUUUUGGACAGGCCGUCUGCCAACGACAUUUUCAGCCUGCUGAGGGUGGAGGUUCUCCGGAAAAUCUGCGAGAGGCCGGGGCUGAAGCAGUGCGUGAAAAUCAGCAAGCUCUUGACCCAGUACCCGCAAUGUAUUCCCACUGGCAAACGCCAAGCCCUCUUCUGCCAGCAGCUUAUCCGGUGCAUCGGGUAUUUCCGCACCGUCUCGGGGAGAGAAGAGGCCAUUGUGGACUUCCUCGACCACGUGAUCAAGGUCAGCAGCUUGCUGCAGAAGAUCUGGAAGGCGCAGAUGUCUUCCAUUCUCCCGUCCUUGAAGGAACUCUUCACGAUCAUUUCUUCAGUGGAAGAGCAGGAGCCGCCCUCGAUCGCCUUGGCCAGCGUGGUCCAGUAUGUCCCGCUGGAACUCAUGGAUGGGAUCCUAAGAAACCUCACCAACGACGACAGCAUCUCGGAUGUACAGAUGAUGAUGGCGAUCGACCGGAUGAUUGAAUGGGUCUCUUGGCCCCUGGGGAAGAACAUAGACAAAUGGAUCAUAGCGUUAUUGAAGAGUUUGGCUGCUGUGAAGAAGUUCAGCAUCUUGAUUGAAGUCACCCUUUCCAAAAUUGAGAAGGUCUUUUCUAAGCUGCUGUAUCCGAUUCUGCGGGAGGGAGCGCUCACGAUCCUGCGCUACAUGCUGCUCAGCUUCCAGCAUUCCCACGAGGCCUUUCACUUGCUCCUCCCUCACAUCCCCCGUGUGGUGUCCUCCUUGAUCAGGGAAGACUCCAAUUCGGCCACCAGCUGCCUGGAACAGCUGGCAGAGCUGAUCCACUGUAUGUUCUUCCGCUUCUCUGGAUUCCCGGAUCUCUACGAGCCUGUUGUGGAAGCCAUAAAGGCUCUUCCGAUUCCGAACGAAGACCGCAUUAAGCACCUGCUCGGCCAGAACGCUUGGACCUCGCAGAAGAACGAACUGGCCAGUUUUUAUCCCCGCCUGGCUUCCAAAUCCGAAACGGGGAAGAUCGGGUUGAUUAACUUGGGCAACACCUGUUACAUGAACAGCAUCCUUCAAGCUCUUUUCAUGGCCUCUGACUUCAGGCGUUCGGUGUUGAAUUUGGCAGAGAACAACUCUCAGCCUUUGAUGGCCAAACUCCAGUGGUUGUUCGCCUUCUUAGAGCACAGCCAGCGGCCUGCCAUCUCCCCCGAAAACUUCCUGUUGGCUUCGUGGCCUCCCUGGUUUACCCGCGGGGCGCAGCAAGACUGCUCCGAAUACCUCAAGUACCUCCUUGAUAGGCUACACGAAGAAGAGAGAACAGGAAGAAGAAUAUACCAGAAGCUCAAAGAGUCUACGUGGCUAUCUCAGGCCGACCAACGGCGCUCCACGAACAAGACUCUAGUUGAAAGAAUGUUCGGUGGCAAAAUCAUGACGAAAAUUCGUUGCCUGAAGUGCCUCAAAGUGUCUUCCAGAGAAGAACCCUUCACAGAUCUCUCUCUGGCUUUCCCGCCGACAGAUAAGUAUGUGCCUAUCCCCAAUGGUACCUCCGUUUUACCUGUAGAAGAAAUGGGCCCACAGACAGUUCAGCCUAGUGUAGAAGCUCCCACUCGGGUGAUCAAUUUGCCAAGGAGGCCGGGGAAGCACCAUGCAUCUGGCGAAAACCCCUCCAAAGUGUUGCCAGUUGAGACUCUGAAACCAGAAGGGCAAGAGACAUCUUUCCCUUUCAGAUCUGAGAGGGACGCCGUUGGUGUGAAGCCUGACGAAGACUCAGUACUGGCCUUAUGGGAGCAAGGGUGUGGCGCCGGGGCCUCGAGGUCCGUCCCUGACUUGAUCAAUUAUUUCUUAUCGCCCGAGACGCUGACGGCAGAGAAUCGAUAUCACUGUGAGAAUUGCGCGUCCCUUCAGGACGCAGAAAAGCUGGCGGAACUCACCGAAGGGCCUCACUACCUCAUCCUCACCCUGCUGAGGUUCUCCUUUGACCUGAGAGCCAUGAGGAGAAAGAAGAUCCUUGACAAUGUCUCCGUCCCGUUGGUGUUGAAGCUACCGGUCCUCACCUCCGCCCAGGAACUGAGCGACCCUAGUCCAGCAAGGAGCGCUGGGCCUGCCGCUUCCUGCGACGGCUUUGCGUCGGUAGUAUACGACCUCUGCAGCGUAGUGGUACAUUCCGGAGUCUCCUCAGAGAGCGGCCAUUACUACUGUUACGCCAGGGAAUGCGAAGACCUCACUGCAGGAAGCGAGCCUCUGGACGCCUCGUGGAAGGUCCCUUCCGAAAAGCCUCUGGACGUCGCGAUCCAGUGGUACCUCUUCAAUGACACGAGGGUGUCGUUUUCGUCUUUCGAGUCGGUCAGCAAUGUGACUUCCUUCUUCCCCAAGGACACUGCCUACCUGCUGUUCUAUCGGCAAAGGAUAACCAAGCCGAAAAACCUGGGGCAGGAGACUGCCGCUGAGGCCAGUUGGGUUAAUGGAGACUUGUCCUCUCCCAAUAAAGACCUGAUGGAAGCCAUUGCUAAGGAUAACAUCCUAUACUUGCAGGAACAGGAGAAAGAAGCCAGGAGCAGAACAGCCUACAUUUCAGCCCUACCCAAGUCCCCUCUGUGGUGGAAAGACUUUGAGGGGGACGACGACGACUCCUCAGGGGGGUGCGGGCAUGCUGCCGGGGGAGGCGGAUCGAGCUCUUUCCACGGACUCGUCUUUUAA